GAGAGAGAGAGCACAAGAGACAAGCAAGAGCACGCAGAGAGAGCAGAGCCAACAAUCACCCAUCAACCAUGAGCACAUUCGAACGUGAGGUUGUCAUCGACGCCAAGGGUCACCUGCUCGGUCGCCUCGCCUCAACUGUGGCCAAGCAGCUCCUCAACGGCCAGAAGAUCGUCGUCGUCCGAUGCGAGGACAUCAACAUCUCUGGUGAAUUCUUCCGCAACAAGUUGAAGUACCUCGCCUACCUCCGCAAGGGCUGCCGAUACAACCCAGCCCGGGGUCAGUUCCACUUCAGGGCGCCCUCCCGCAUCCUAUACAAGGCCAUCCGUGGUCAGAUCCCUCACAAGACUGCCCGUGGUAUGGCUGCGCUCGAGAGGCUCAAGGUCUUCGAGGGUAUCCCGCCGCCCUUCGACAAGGUCAAGCGUAUGGUCGUACCUCAGGCUCUGCGUGUCUUGCGUUUGAAGCCAGGACGCAAGUACUGCACCGUUGGCCGUCUCUCUCACGAAGUUGGAUGGAGGUACGCCGAUGUUGUCUCGAAGCUCGAGGAGCGCAGGAAGGUCAAGUCAGCGGCUGCCUAUGCCAUCAAGAAGGCCAAGAUCACCAAGGUCGACAACAUCAAGAAGGCCUCUGCCAUCAACGAGAAGCUCGCUCAGUUCGGUUACUAGGUUUCUUCCAAAGCGAGGACAUACACACACACACUUAGGGCGAGUAUAGAGACUUGCCUGCCUUGCUUGUAGCCUUCUCAUCCACUGGACGCAAGUCUUUGCAUCGACACAAAUC